UGAGUCUCCACUGGCACAGGUCUUCUUACUACUCCACACUAAAACACUUGUAAAGUCAACAACUGAGAACAACUACUGUCAAAACUGGCCCUAUUUCGUGAUGUUCAUGCAACGCUAGGAAAGAUGUGCUGACUAAGCAUGACGCACAUCCUUGCACCAGCACACACUGCAUCAAGACACCUCACACUCAAUCGCAAUAUGGAAAAUCCUAAGACGAAGCAGCCGACAACCUUUGGCGAUCUUCCACCUGAGCUCUGGGAUCACAUCACCAACUAUUUGCCGUCCGCGCGGUCCAUCGCCACCCUUGGAAGAACUUGCAAAAGCUUACACACCUUCGUGGAGAAGGACGCUUGGAAGUCUUUCGUGAAGAAUCGCUUUCCGACGUUAUGCCCUCAAGACAUCUCAUCCCCCAAGGAUGUGGCGCGAACGCUGACGAGCCUUUCGAGGGCUUGGGAUAGAAGAGCGUUCGUGGCGACUCAUGUCGAGCCUCGACUCAAAAUCACCACAUUUCCAGGCAGGAGGAAGGCUGAGAAAUGGAAGCGGCCACGAGGUCAGACCAUUGGCUUCACACCGCAAGUGGAUGUAUACGAGGACAUUCAGGCGUCAUGGCGCGAUAGGACAGAGGUUUUUGCGUUCAGUGCUGGUGCCGAAGUAUGCAUUCGCCACACAACCCGAGGCGCGGGACCUGAUGAUGUGAGAUGGAACACAUAUCGGCCAUUAUCAGCACGUGAGGGUCGAGAUGAUAUCACUGCAAUGCAUUUGCUACGACCUGGCGCCAGUAUUGGAGACGAGCGACAACAUGUACUGACCGGUACUGCAAACGGCGAUUUGCAACUGCUUGGCAUUCCUAUCGAUGAUCCCUACGACCAGGACGUGCGAACUACAUACUUCACAACACAAGGCAUGCCCGUGAGGUCGAGUAGCUUGUUACAAGAACAGUUCCUUCCCUCGCUUCUCGCUGCGAAUUUGGGAGACUCCCGUAUAGCUCUCUACACUGUGGACCCAGAACAGUCCAAAAUUGGUUCCUCGAGCCAGUUCGACCUCAAGCCAGCAUUGCGAGCAGAUGGCAACCCGUCUUCAAGUCAUCGUGCGUGGUCUACCAAUUUCUUAUCAAGAAAGCUGUUAGCCGUAGGCGCUGGGCCUUCUGAUGAGCCAAUCCACAUUUACCCAAUCACCGAAAGUGGUCUACAUCGAGACGACGUGAGAAAGAUCAGCCUUCGCAAAAAUUUCGAUGCACAAAAUGGCGACAUGGUUCCCAACGGAGUACCGAGAAAAUCGACCUCCAACGUGUACACCACGGUGCCAUUGCCAGCCGGCAUGGGAUCUUCAGGCAACGGUGAGGUUUUCCUCUCCGGCGCAUACGAUGGUAUUGUGCGCUUGCAUGAUUUACGCUCCGACCGUCAAGUAGAGCAAACUUAUAUCGAUCCAGCGGACGAUAGCGCAAUCUAUACGAUCUUGCCUCGAGGCCAGGAGAGGCUACUUGCUGGAACUAGUCGGCACAACCUGCUGAAAGUCUUCGACAUGCGACUUGGCGCGAAGUGCUACAGCUACUUGGAUGUUGAGGGUCAGGAAAAGAGCAGUUCUGGAGAGCGUGAUGCAGCAGACGACUACAAUAUCUUCCUCCGAGCGAGCAAUCCAGCUUUCAUCGCUCGCGGUAGUAGCUGGAAUCGUAACAGAGUUCUCGAAUCCAGUGUCUACUCGCUUGCAUCGCCAUCAAUGCAUUCUCCUUAUGUCUUUGCUGGGGUGGAGAAUGCAAUCAUGUCGCUCGCGUUCACCGAGAUGCUCGAUCCGCAUCCCGACCCCACCUUCUUCAGACCACAUUCCGGCGAGCGAGAAAGCAAUGGAGAUCUUCCUCACGAAGUCGACAGCAAAGACAUCCUCAACCUCGCCAUGUACGAUCAGGACGCGAACAUGAAGCUUUACGUCCAGCGUAACGUGUGGGAGACCCACCGGAUCAAGGGGCUGAGAUCGGGCGAUGCGGGCCAGCGGAAGCCACUCGAUCAGAGGUGGAGAGGAGCAGAUGAUGCUUGGCCUUAAAGCUAUGUCGCCGCUUCGUGGCAUCGACUGGAGCACGUUAACCGAGGGAUUUAUGACCAGACUCUUGCAUAUCGGGGGC